UGCGUGAUCAGUGUUUAUUUUUUUAUGGCAUAAGCCGUUAAACGAGCAGACGGAUCACCUGAUGGUAAGCAAUCGGCGUCGCCCAUGGACACCUGGAACACCAGAGGCGUUACAAGGAUUAGGAGUUUGAGGAACGUUGGGGAUUCAGGAAUUGGGGAGAUUGGGGAAGAGGAAGGUACUUGGGCCUCCGGUAGCCUCACUCACACGACGAAACACAACGCAAGCGUUGUUUCACGUCGGUUUUUUGUGUGGGCGUGGUAUCACUCCGAUCGAGCCGGCCAAUUCGUGCCGAAGCAUGGCUAUCCCACACAUAACGUUGGAGCUUUUACAGAUUAUGUCAAAGUGCAUGCGAAUUUUGCUUACACAGUGUUCAGUGCUUCAGAACUAUUAUUGAUAUAA